AAAGACAUAGUUUAUGUUUUUGUGCAUCUGUCUGUCCAUCACAAAUAAUACGAGCCCUAACUCCCCAUAUUUCAUUCUUACGCUAUGUCUCUUCCUCUCAUUGGCAUCGCCUCACUCUGCCAUCGUCCCACCGGUGUCACCCACUCCGCCAUCCUCUGACGCCGUCAUCUUCCCAUCGACAAUCAUUCAAGAAGAAAGUGCAGCAAAGCCCGAUCAGAGCUAUCUAACAUCCUUGUUGUUGAAGCCCUAGGUCAGCGAAUCUCUGUUCUGAAUCAAGUUCCUUGAAGUUGUUCUCAAUCAAAAGUCGAAGAUCUUCUGAAGGUUAGUCGACUCAUGGACCUCAUUGUUAACAGCUUGUAUAGUAAUAAGGAGGUGUUUCUUCAAGAGCUCAUCAGCAAUGCAAGCGAUGCUUUGGACAAGCUGCGAUUUCUCAGUGUUACAGACCCCAAUCUUUUGAAGGAUAGAGUUGAUCUUGAUAUCCGUAUCCAGACUAACAAAGAUAAUGGGAUUAUUACAAUUACGGAUUCUGGCAUUGGGAUGACUCGUCAAGAACUUGUUGACUGUCUUGGAACUAUUGCACAAAGUGGAACUGCAAAGUUCUUAAAGGCAUUGAAGGUGCCCCAAUAUUUGGCUUAAUUGUAUUGUAUACUUUGAUUAAAGACCUUAUGCUAAGUUUUAUUUAUUUGGCUAGACUGAGUAUAAUUUUAGCAUAAUCUUAAAAGUUCUAUCAUUAAGUAGCAUUAAUUGUGCAUUCUUUUGAGAUUGAUUCUUUAAUUCAUGAUACACAUUCAAUUGAAAGCAACACAUUGAACAAUUUUUAAAGUACAUAAAAGUG